AUGUACAAAUGGCUGGUUAGGAUUCUCGGCACCAUUUUCCGUUUCUGUGAUCGGCCGGUGCCCCCUGCCAGGGCCCUCCUGAAGAGGCGGCGCUCGAACAGCACUCUGUUUUCUACAGUGGACACUGAUGAAAUACCAGCCAAAAGACCAAGAUUAGAUUGCUUUAUUCAUCAAGUGAAAAACAGUCUGUACAAUGCUGCCAGCUUGUUUGGAUUUCCAUUCCAGCUGACCACAAAACCCAUGGUAACUUCUGCUUGUAAUGGAACACGGAAUGUGGUCCCUUCAGGAGAGGUAUUUUCAAACUCCUCAUCUUCUGAACUGACCGGUUCUGGAUCCUGGAACAACAUGCUGAAACUGGGUAAUAAAUCUCCUAAUGGAAUAAGUGAUUAUCCAAAGAUCAGAGUGACAGUAACUCGAGAUCAGCCACGCAGAGUCUUGCCUUCCUUUGGUUUUACUUUGAGCUCAGAAGGUUAUACUAGAAGACCAGGUGGCCGUCGCCACAGCAAAGGCAAUCCAGAGAGUUCUUUAACGUGGAAGUCUCAGGAGCAGGUUGUAACAGAGAUGAUUUCUGAAGAGGGUUGCAAGGGUCUGAGGCGUCCUCAUUGUACUGUGGAGGAGGGUGUUCAAAAAGAAGAAAGAGAGAAAUACCGGAGGUUAUUGGAGCGACUUAAAGAAGGUGGUCAUGGAAACUCUGUUUCUCCUGUAACUUCAACUCAUCAAAGUUCUCAAAGAAGUCAGAUGGACACAUUAAAGACCAAAGGCUGGGGGGAAGAGCAAAGUCAUGGACUCAAAACAACUCAGUUUGUUCCAAAGCAAUAUAGAGUUGUUGAAACAAGGGGACCUCUGUGUUCAGUGAGAAGUGAAAAGAGGUGUUCAAAGGGGAAAAUUUCUGAUACAGAAAAGACAGUUGGAAUCAGACUAGAAAAUGAAUGUAGGAGAGGACUUCAGCUGGAACCCGACCUGUCUGAAGAAGUGUCAGCCCGACUCCGCCUGGGCAGUGGAAGCAAUGGCUUACUUAGGAGGAAAGUGUCAGUGCUUGAGGCAAAAGAAAAAGGCUGCCCAAGCAGAGAGCGGGAUAAAAGGAUGGAGGACCUUCUUGAGCUCACGGAGGACAUGGAAAAGGAAAUCAGUAAUGCUCUAGGCCAUGGCCCACAGGAUGAGAUCCUAAGUAGUGCUUUCAAAUUACGAAUCACUCGAGGAGAUAUCCAGACCUUGAGAAACUAUCACUGGCUCAAUGAUGAAGUCAUUAAUUUUUACAUGAACCUCCUGAUGGAAAGAAAUAAAAGGCAAGGGUAUCCAGCACUUUAUGCAUUCAGUACUUUCUUCUAUCCGAAAUUAAAGUCUGGGGGUUACCAAGCAGUGAAAAGAUGGACCAAAGGGGUCAGUCUCUUUGAACAGGAACUUAUUCUGGUGCCUAUUCAUCGGAAGGUACAUUGGAGCCUGGUGGCUAUAGACCUAAGAAAAAGGUGUCUUAAAUAUCUGGAUUCUAUGGGACAAAAAGGCCACAGGAUCUGUGAGAUUCUCCUUCAGUAUUUACAGGAUGAAAGUAAGACCAAAAGAAAUAUUGACCUGAAUCUUUUAGAGUGGACCCACUACAGCAUGAAGCCACAUGAGAUUCCUCAACAGUUGAAUGGGAGUGAUUGUGGAAUGUUUACUUGUAAAUAUGCAGAUUAUAUCUCUAGGGACAAACCUAUCACAUUUACUCAGCACCAGAUGCCUCUGUUCCGGAAGAAGAUGGUGUGGGAAAUCCUUCAUCAGCAGUUGCUGUGA